UUUGAUCCAAUGUUGCAACGAGCGCGUGCUUUGAACAAGAAAAUGUGAUUCAGUACGUACACUCGGCCGCAGUGUAGAGCAAAAGAGGGAGCGCAACGGUCAAUGAUCGGAGACGUAGAGAAAAUGGUCGCAGUGGGCCUCGUCUGGGGCGCCACCAACGCCAUCAUGCGCCGCGGUGCGCUCCUCUGGGACCAGGCGCUCGAAUCUACUUCGAGACCACCACCAGAAAGCCACCCAUCCAAGCUCCACCACAAAUUCCUCGCUUCCCUCAAGAACUGGCUCACCCUCCUCUCGAUCUGGCAGUAUUCCGUCCCCUUCUUGAUCAAUCUCUCAGCCUCCGCUACUUUCUUCGCUAUUCUGGGACAAACUCCCAUCUCUCUAACUGUGCCUGUCACCAACGCCACGACGUUUGCCGCCACGGCUGUGUUCGGGAUGCUGCUGGGGGAGAAGACCCGCGUCGGCCACGCUUUGCUUGGUCUUCCUAGGAAACCGAGUGGAUGUUAUUGACCAUGUUGAGAUUCUUCAUCAACCUGUAGCACUUAAGGCAUAUCGUUUGAACAGUGAGAUGAGAUGAUUUGUAAAUAGUAGUGAAAUGAUUUGUAAAAAUUAGUGAAGUAGUUUGAGUUAAUAUGUUUUAUGAGAACCCCUAGGGGUUGGCUUAAAUGGUAAAAGCCUUGGGUUUGAGAGUAUGUUCCCCCUUGAGUGCAAACAAUCUCUAGGGUCAUUGGACUGAUGGAUUUUUUCCUUAAAUUACCCAAGGUGUACUUGCGGGAAAGUCUUUGUCGAGGGCCUAUGCACUCCCGAGAUUAGUCGAGAAGCUGUUCUGGACACCCGGUGCCAUUAAAAAAGAAAUAUUUUAUGAGAUUUUGGGAAAUGAGAGAGAAAAAGUUAAAUAAAAAUAUUAUAAAGUUGUAAUAUUAUUUGAAUAUUAUUUGAAUAUAA